CGGAGUGUGAGAAAAAAAGCAGAUCGAGAAAAACAAAUAGGCACUGCGAUAAAUACGUGUAAUUUUUAGUAAAGAGCGUGAACAAAUUAUAUUGUAGUGGCAUCAGCGAGCUAUGGAAACGCCAACCACCGAUGAUUUGCUACAGUUUCGCGACUAUAGCGCAACUAACAGCGGCACACCAGCACAAAUCAAUGUUAACUCGCCAACGCAUGCAACUGGCGGCGGCGGCGGCGGCGGCGCACAGCGUCAACGUGGAGAUCCGCUCUCGGAUCUCAUCUACGAUAUGAGCAACUCGGCCCAAACAAUGGUCGGCGGCGGCGGUGGCGGCGGUUCAGCCGGCGGAUCGGGCGCACCAGCGGAUGGAGCCGCUGGCGGUGCACGUCUCUCGUUUCUGACCAUUGAGUACUAUCAGCAGUUCUUCAACGUGGACACGUAUAUGGUGCUCGAGCGCAUUGUUAACUCAAUGAUACCCAAGCGGGCCGCUGCCAACUAUUUGCGCAUGAACAUUGGCGAGAAUCCGGAUCUGUACGGACCAUUUUGGAUAACCGUAACGCUGAUCUUCUCGAUAGCGAUUAGCGGCAAUCUUGCCAGCUAUUUGCAGCAGGCGAACGACAGCUACCAUUGGCACUACAAUUUCCACCUGGUCUCGUAUGCGGCCACCUGCAUCUUUCUCUAUGCCAACAUAUUGCCGGCCGUGCUCUGGGCUCUGUUCAAGUACAGCCUGAAGCCAGUGGAUGAAGCGGAUGCCGUCGAAACGGACAGCGCCAGCUAUACGCCCAGCCUGUUGUCGCUCAUGUGCAUCUAUGGCUAUAGCCUGGCCAUUUAUAUACCCGUCUCCAUACUCUGGGUGAUCAAUAUAUCAUUGCUACAGUGGCUGCUCGUUAUAACGGCCGCAUUGCUUUCCGGCACGGUGCUGAUCGCGGUGCUGACGCCCGCUCUGCGCAACUCAAAGUAUUCGCUAUUCCUUAUCAUUGGCAUACUGAGCGCCCAUUUCAUAUUGGCCGCCGGUUUUCUGCUCUACUUCUUUCACAGUCCGCCGGAAGCGGCGUUGGCCGCAAAGCCAACGCACGCAACGCUGCCAAAAGCCGCCCUACCAAAAUUAUCCACCCAAGCGGUGGCCGGCGAUCUGCCGCCGGGCAAUCUUACCGGAUAGACCAGAGCGAGCAUUCCAAGCUAAGCAAAUAUCGUUUGUUCUUUGUACAUUAAGUUCCAAAUAAUUAUACCCAUUUUAUUUUGCACGCUUAACUACAAUUUUGUUGAUCGCCUAACGAGACGUCAACAGCUGCCGGCUGUUCAUUUCAAUAAAUUCUUAAGAGUUAAGUCUAGAAA